UACAUCUACUUCGCCUCGCUCUUCUCCAACUUCCUCACGUUCCUCCCCAAUAAGCCCUUCAUGGGUGGCUCGCUGGAGGAGAAGUUUGGCAUCGCGAAGAACGAGCCGUUGCGCAUGCAGAUGGUUGGCGCACUCACGUACUUUGGCAUCCUUCUGUACAAGGACACCUUCUUUGGCGACCGCGCCGGCGACAUCCUCACGUGCAAGGCGCUCUCCCUCGCGUGGGGCGUCUGCGCCAUUGUCUUCAACUGCGGCGGCUCUCCCAACUUCACCGAGUCGAACAUCCUCACUGUCGUGAUGACCGCCCUCUUCGCCUACCUCGGCUUCAU